AUGGCAAAUAGAAAUGUUUUCUCAUGGAUUCGGCGUUUGCCCUUUCGAAAGGUAAGUAAAUGACUUGUUUUCUUUAAGGUUCCAAUUAACCAAACCAUUAUCUGGGGUUUGUAACAUGUUAACUCCAAGUUUGUGGGUGGGUCCAUAUUUAAAUUAAUAAUAUGUAUCACUAGAGGGGUAGAAGCAAAUCAUUAUUGUAUUCUUAUCUCAAUGGCAUUAAAUGCUUAACUAAUUUUUCUAUAUUCAAAUCCCCAUGACAAUCUAUGGUCUCCCCAUUCCUGUAUCAUUUCAAUUUGUUCUUUAUAGUUACAGCAAUUUGCAAUAAUGUUGCAGCUACAAGCCCAUCGUUCCACUCACAUCCAAUUCUGGGAGUUGUUUGUCCUUGUUCAUACAACUAGUUGUAUAUGUGAUCAGAAUUAGAACAAACUCAUUAAGUCUAUUAUAUGGUUUACAUACACUAAGGUUUAGACAUAUAUUAAUUAUCGAGGAAAUUCAAUAAAUUAAAAUUCCACAAGACAGUGGCAGCCUAAGAUACUAAACAGGAAAUGGUAAAUGGAAAACUAAACCCCAAAGUCAAUUAAAAUUGAUGAUUUCAAAAUUCUCCAACUGGACUGUAACGAUAGCUUAACUAUUUUACCUUCAAUUUUGCCAUUUGGGUUUCAAUGUACUAGAAUUCAGUGUUCAGUGGAUGAAGCCAUGAAAGUUACUCAAUAGAUUGGAAAUCUAUAUAAAACAUUUCCCAUACUAGUUAUAUACAGGGUCAAUGCAAGUUUUUUUACUACUUUAGGCAAAACAACAUUUUGCUGACCUCCCCCCCCUCCGCCAAUAUGCUCCGUCCAUGGUAUGACAUCACACUGACCAUAGCGCAAUAUGCUCCGCCUGUGGUGUAUUUAAAAGAAACACUUUUAUAAACGGUCACAAAUGUAACAGGCUUCAUACAGCAAGUAGAGCGGCUUUAAGUUUUCUGGAGUUUUCCUAUAAAGGGCCACUCAAAACACCAUAACCACUACUGCUAACUACCAUUAAUGAAUUGUCAGCUGCUACUCUCAUCCAAUCUCUGCCGUCUCCUUACUGGCUGUACCAAUACUACUGCAUUAGCUGAAGAGAAGAGAAGAGAAGAGGGAGAGAACGGUUACUGAUGGCACAUAUUUAGUGUUAAAUUAUUUACAAACAAUUUAACACUUAAAUAUAAGACUGUUCCAGGGACUCCAGGCACUAUAACAACUUCAAUGCGAUUGAAGUAAACCCAUACCUUUAGGUUGUUUGUAGUAGUUUAUUUAUUGCUGGGCCCUGUGGCAGCAACGAGAUGGACUGUAAAAACUUUGGUUAGUUAGAGCAUUUUUAUUUGAAUUUAUUUGGGUUUCUGAUUGUUUUUGCCAUUUCAGGGCGCCAGACGCAAGAAAUGUGAUGACACUGAGCAGAAAGGAGAGGACCCUUCGGGUAUGUUAAAACAUUGUGUGUGUGGCAGUUAUAUCUAUCUUUGGGGAGCCUGGUAACAAUUCUCCUAGCAGGACAUUCCUUCUUCUAUAACUUUAAGAAUAGGUUUCUGUUCAUUUUUUUACCAGGAAGGACACAUUCAGAUUUCUCUGGUUUGAUUGCUUCCUGCAGAGUUUGUACAAAAUAUACAAUGUUGACAUUUCUGGGACAUUAGAUUGCAGAGUUAAUAUUUUGGGGAAGGUAGAUCCAUUUGUAUAUAUUCAGACGCCAUUUCCAUCUUGUGUGACUCUUCUAACCCCCUUACCCCUUGUAUCCCCCCACCCAUAAUGCACUACUGUCUUAGUCCAGAAAAGAUCUGGAAUGUUCCCAUUCUUUUUAAUGACAAGGCUAAGCAUAUCCCAUAAACUCAGCAGGUGUAUGUAGUUCAGCACUUGGCAGUAGUUUCAUUCACUAAUAGUCAUGAAGAAACUGUUUAUUGAGCUGCGUACUCCAUUAAUGUUUAUAACUCAAUGGAACCAGUGGUUGCCUCUCAUGUGUAAACAUAACAAAUGCUCCCCCCAAGAAAUGUAAUGUAAGUGCAUUUCGAUAUCAAUAUUUAUAUAUUGCUAUCAAAAUUUAUGUAAAAUUAAAUGACAUAUAUAUAAAGUAUAUAUUUACGUAUUAUUUUUACAUAAUGAUGUGAUUUUAUUGAUUAUAAAUUGGGGGACCUGCCUGACAACCCAGGCAGAAAGUCCAGUGAAUUCAAUUUACAAGCCCUAUAUUUAACCUUGUAACUUUCCAAAACACCGUAAAACCUGGACAUGGGGGCUACUGUUGUACUUGUGAGACUUAGCUAAAAACAAAUAUGUAUGUUUUAAAAGAGUAAAUCAUUUAAUGACGAUAUCAUCAGUGAAAGUGCAGUUUUUCUGUGAAAAAUGCAAAUGUUUGGACAGGGUUUGUGACUAAGUGGCUCCUAAAAGAUUGGAUACACCCCAUUUGAAAAACCCUGGGUUGUCUACGUUUGCAAAUGGUUUGCCAUGAUGGGGGUAAUUCUCAUUCCUGGCCUGCCAUACUGCCUUAAAUGCAACUAAACUAACAAAUUUCAAGGUGCAAAUACUGCAAAGGGGGAAGUACUAUAUGUAACCCUGUAACUUUCCAAAAAUCCAUAAAACCUUUAUGUGGCUGAACAUAAAUAUGUGCAUUUUAUUGCACUAAAAGUUAACAGUAUUAUGACAUUUAAAGGUAAAAUGCCACAGAGAACUUUUUAAUUUCUCAAACUUUUUUUUAGAUUUUAUUCAUAUUAAAUUAUGUUUCAUACAUAAAUAGUUUAUUUUUGGGAAAUGAAAACCCUCUUUCUCUUGAACAAAAUUGUAUGUAAUACGUGUGGGUGCACUUAAUAUGAAAGAGGUAAGCUAUGGUUAAACAAUAGAUACCUCAAAUUCAAGGUUUUGUUUUGAACAGAACUUGGAUAACUUCCUCCAUCCUUAAGGGCUUAAAAGAUAUAGGACAAGGCAGGGAAUAAUAUUAUGUUGUAGUUAUAAUUAUCAGAAGACAAAAGCAGGGAUAGGGAAACUUUGGGCACCAAAACAUUUGAGAGCACAUAACAUAUUAUGGUACAUGAAGUGUCUGAAUAAAAGUGUAUGUAUUAAAAGAUCCUAUAAUUUGUCAUGUUGCCUUACUUGUAUUGUGUGAUAUUUCAAACCAGUGAAUGCACAAUAUUGUCUGUCUACAUUGUGAUUUGACUACUGUCUUUUUUUUAUUAUUUUUAUUUAUAGAGUGUCCAAUUAUUCCAAACUCUCCUAAAAUUGCCAAGGGCUCAGCUGUAAAUGGUAGUUUUUCCUCAAUCGAUCUGAACUCUCCUAAACGUAUCGUAUUGGCAGCUAAUAGCGGGUCAUCAAAGGACAUCCCUAAACAUGUAGCUCAACCGGAUAUUGAUAAAGUUAGGGAGCAGAUCAAACAAGAAAUUAGAAAAGAACUUAAAAUUACAGCAGGAGCCAGAAACAUGGUAAAGGCUACAACCAAGAAAAAACAUCUUGCAAAAGUCAACAAGUUUCUCAAAACAUCACAAAAAAAACUGGAUGAUCUUUACAUUAAACUUCAGGAGCGCAAUGCGCAUAUUGUUGUGCCAGACGCAGAAGGUACAUUCCAAGACUUUGUGUUUCCUUGUAAUGCGUGUGUGUAUGUGCUUGUUUAUUGUAAAUAUAUUUCAAUCAUUUCCUGAGAACAUGGAUAAAUACUGUGUUACGCAUCUAACAUGUAAAUGCAACCUACAGAUAUAUAGAGGAACGUUAGCAGUACUGUUGUUUUUUAUUUUAUAAUCAGGUGGAUGUUUUAGAGACUUCAAACAGCAAAUCAUAAUUUUGGAUUAGUUACAGCACUCAUAAUAUGCUGUAUGAGAUUGUAGACUGACUUAUAGAAAAGAUCACUUACUGAGCAUCAGAUCAGCCACAUUAUACAGCGUGAAAACGUGCAGAAUAAAAUAAAUACUGGCUGAGGAAAGCUUAGCCUUGUUAGUUUUACAGAAACAUAAAACAAAAAUUAGUGAGCUCUGUUUAGAUGGGAAAUCUCUCACCCAAUCUCGGUAAUUGCAUUAUUCCCUAUGAGAGCCUAUAUGGGGGGGAGUUUGUGAAAACACACAGAGUUACAAUGUGGCUUAUAGAAUGACCCCAUUUAUGUCGUGACUGGCUAAUAAUAAUGGCAAUCUCACUGACAUAUAUAGAAGCUGGAAUAGUUAGUGGAUGAGUUUAUGACGUGAUGUCAUCAAGCACGGGGGACGUUUAGCUGCAGUGAUUUUUGUUGUUUUUGUUGAUUUUCUGCUGCUCUCAGGUUUUGUGUAGAUUACAAUAUCUUUACUUACAGAUGUUACUGUUAUUGCCUUUUUUAUUUAUUAAGUGAAACUGUCUGCCGACAUUUCUAAAUUCUGUAUUUUUUUUCUUGUUACUAAUUUCCGUGAUGUCCAGAGAUCUCAGCUGCUCCUAAAGAUGACACCAGCUCCCAGGCAGAUAACGCGAAGCUGACUGCUUUGCAGAAACAGCUGAGCAUUGAGCUGAAGGUGAAACAAGGAGCGGAGAUUAUGGUCGGUGCAUAUUCAAAUGGGCAUUCCAAAGUAAGUUGGUUAUAUUUAAAUAAGAGACAGAAAAAAUUCUUUAAACUUUUUUUUUUUGGUGUGGGAGUGGUGGAAACACAUUGUACAAUGCAUAAGUUUUUUCAGCCCAACAGCAUUUUAUCUGAUUUAAGCUAAUAAUAUGCUGGUGAUAUUUGUUCCUGGAAUCAAGAGAUGCGAUAGAAAUUAAAUUUCCAUGAGUUUGCCGACACCAUCUCAACUAUUUAGUUGAAGGCACAAGCUUUUCUUGAUCGGCCAUUAAUUAUUUUUAAUAUUUGUAAUUGCAAAGCAUGCAACCAAUGUGUAUUUAUUUCUCUUUGUAAAGAUUAUAAUGUUUAUCUUUUUCCAUAAUGCAUUUGUCUAUAAUUGAAGAUUAUUCUAGCAUUAGUGUACUUAUAAUCUUAAUUUUAGUAAUGACAGGAGGCGAGUAUUUUGCAUUAAGCUCUCUUUACUAACUCCACAUAGCAGUAAAGAAAAGUGAAAACAUUAACCAAUCAAAAUGCAACAGGAGGUAUAGUAUUCACAGUGAUGAGGCUCCUCCCCCUCUUUCGAAAGCGACAUCAUGAAAAAGUUCCAAAAGAGCUAAAGUCUUGUAAAAUGCACCAACGGGUGACUUUCCAAUAAACAAAAUUUUAAUGGCUGAAGGAAGGUUCAAACGUGUCCAUCCUGAGCAUGAACUGUAACGCCACGAAGUUACUCUGAAAGAGAACGUGAAAUAGGUUAGAUACCGGUCUGGAAACUGUUUAUAGUAACGUUAACGGCCCAACACAAUCUCACAGAAAUGUUACACUAUCGAAUAUCAAUGACUGACGAUAAACGACAAGUAAUGUUAGAAAUAAACAAGAUUCGAACAUAUUCCUAUAUCUAGGAGGAGCAAGGAAGAUAGAGGUAAAGAAGGAAUACAUAGAAUGUAGGUAUACUUAUGUGAGUCCCUUCUCCCCCAAGGGUGGGGAGAGUGGGAAAAUACUCGCCUCCUGUCAUUUUAAAAUUAAGACUAGAAAAGCUACAAUUUCAGGGGAAAUUGUGUGAAGUGUUCUUGCCUCCACCAGUAGUCUACAACUGGAGUGGGCGGAGUAACUGUUAUCAUUUAUAUAGCACAUUUAAUUGCAACGUUGUUGCACAGUUACAUUAAACCAUACAUUUAUAAAAACAUUAGCAGGUGUUCAAAAGGCCCUGUCUAUGACAUCACUUGCUGCUGCAGCCUGACAGGUCAGAGUAUUUUGGCGGUUGCCAUCUUCAAACGGUCGUAUUUUAAAAACUAUAACUCCUACAGCGAAGAGCUUUAUAUUGUGAGAAUCACAAGACCCAGACCUACAUUUUGAUGCAUAGUAUGUCUCUGAAGUAUUAAAAACGAAGGCACAGUCGCAGUUUAGAAAUUGCACUUCAAAUUUGAGCUUUGUAGAGUGAAGUUUCAAUGAAUGUCAAUGGACAGCGUUAGUUGCAAACAAAUGAUUAUAUUGUGAAAACUAUCAGGACUAUGGCUUAGCCGUUGACAUGUUUAGUGGCAGCAGGGAUAGCUCAACGUUUUGAUAUAAGAUUUGUGUAGGUGGGCCUGAAAAUAAGGGAGUGGUGGCAGUUUAGAAAUCAUGUACUGAUUUUUCAGCUUUUGCCAGCUCCCACUCUAGCUUUGCCAUUCAUUCCUAUGGGACAAAUUUCGCCACAAGAACGACGAUAUUCCGUGAACCAUUCGGCGAAACGUUCCACAAAGUAAUAGCAAUCCGAUCGGGAACAAUCUGCACGCUUUGGUAAAUUUUUGUCUAUGUAGUGUAAAAACUGUGGGAGGAGUUAGGGUGGCAAAUUUUGCUAUAAUAAUAAGAAUAAUAAUAACUAGAAAAGUUACAAUUUCUGGGGAAAUUGUGUGAAGUGUUCUUGCCUCCACCUGUAGUCUACAACUGGAGUGGGCGGAGUAACUGUUAUCAUUUACAUAGCACAUUUAAUUGCAACGUUGUUGCACAGUUACAUUAAACCAUACAUUUAUAAAAACAUUAGCAGGUGUUCAAAAGGCCCUGUCUAUGACAUCACUUGCUGCUGCAGCUUGACACAGGUCAGAGUAUUUUGGCGGUUGCCAUCUUCAAACGGUCGUAUCUUAAAAACUGUAACUCCUACAGUGAACAGCUUUAUAUUGUGAGAAUCACAAGACCCAGACCUACAUUUUGAUGCAUAGUAUGUCUCUGAAGUAUUAAAAUUGAAGGCACAGUCGCAGUUUAGAAAUUGCACUUCAAAUUUGAGCUUUGCAGAGUGAAGUUUCAAUGAAAGUCAAUGGACGGCGUUAGUUGGAAACAAAUGAUUAUAUUGUGAAAACUAUCAGGACUAUGGCUUAGCCGUUGACAUGUUUAGUGGCAGGAGGGAUAGCUGAACGUUUUGAUAUAAGAUUUGUGUAGAUGGGCCUGAAAAUAAGGGAGUGGUGGCAGUUUAGAAAUAAUGUCCUGAUUUUUCAGCUUUUGCCAGCUCCCACUCUAGCUUUGCCAUUCAUUCCUAUGGGACAAAUUUCGCCACAAGAACGACGAUAUUCCGUGAACCAUUCGGCGAAACGUUCCACAAAGUAAUAGCAAUCCGAUCGGGAACAAUCUGCACGUUUUGGUAAAUUUUUGUCUAUUUAGUGUAAAAACUGUGGGAGGAGUUAGGGUGGCAAAUUUUGCUAUAAUAAUAAUAAUAAUAACUAGAAAAGUUACAAUUUCUGGGGAAAUUGUGUGAAGUGUUCUUGCCUCCACCUGUAGUCUACAAAAGGAGUGGGUGGAGUAAUUUAUCAUUUACAUAGCACAUUUAAUUGCAACGUUGUUGCACAGUUACAUUAAACCAUACAUUUAUAAAAACAUUAGUAGGUGUUCAAAAGGCCCUGUCUAUGACAUCACUUGCUGCUGCAGCUUGACACAGGUCAGAGUAUUUUGGCGGUUGCCAUCUUCAAACGGUCGUAUCUUAAAAACUAUAACUCCUACAGUGAAGAGCUUUAUAUUGUGAGAAUCACAAGACCCAGACCUACAUUUUGAUGCAUAGUAUGUCUCUGAAGUAUUAAAAUUGAAGGCACAGUCGCAGUUUAGAAAUUGCACUUCAAAUUUGAGCUUUGCAGAGUGAAGUUUCAAUGAAAGUCAAUGGACGGCGUUAGUUGCAAACAAAUGGUCAUAUUGUGAAAACUAUCAGGACUACAGCUUAGCCGUUGACAUGUUUAGUGGCAGCAGGGAUAGCUCAACGUUUUGAUAUAAGAUUUGUGUAGGUGGGCCUGAAAAUAAGGGAGCGGUGGCAGUUUAGAAAUCAUGUCCUGAUAUUUCAGCUUUUGCCAGCUCCCACUCUAGCUUUGCCAUUCAUUCCUAUGGGACAAAUUUCGCCACAAGAACGACGAUAUUCCGUGAACCAUUCGGCGAAAUGUUCCACAAAGUAAUAGCAAUCCGAUCGGGAACAAUCUGCACGUUUUGGUAAAUUUUGGUCUAUGUAGUGUAAAAACUGUGGGAGGAGUUAGGGUGGCAAAUUUUGCUAUAAUAAUAAGAAUAAUAAUAAUAAUAAUAAUAUAUAUGUGAGAUAACAUUAAGUGGUCUUGCUAUGCAAGAACACUUAAUAAUAAUAUAUAUGUGAGAUAACAUUAAGUGGUCUUGCUAUGCAAGAACACUUAAUAUAUAUGUGAGAUAACAAUAAGUGGUCUUGCUAUGCAAGAACACUUAAUAAUAUAUAUGUGAGAUAACAAUAAGUGGUCUUGCUAUGCAAGAACACUUAAUUAUAAGUAUACUAACGCUAGCAUAAUCUUCAAUUUUACCACAUGAGAGGAGGCUUCCUAUUUUGUAUUUUUUAACGCUGAUGCAGGAGAGACGUGGCUGCCCCCGAGCUCGGGCGGAAGUAGAAAGUCCAAAAGGUUGAUUCUCGCGACCAAUCAGCGGAACGUAGGAUAUCCACCAGUGAGGCACCCGCCGAGAAAGCCGACGAAGCCACCGCCCCGCGAACAGAGUGAGCUCCGAAGACCUCGUCCACACCCGCCAGUGAAAGAAUCCAUCUUAUCCAUCUGGUUAGGGUGGUAGCCGAGAUCGGUACAUGAGGUCUAACGUACAACACCAAUAGUUGGCCGGAAGAGGAGACCCGGAGCAGGGAUGUGACCUCCAUGUACCUAUGUAAAGUAGACACCACACAAAGUUGCGGAUCGGUAGGGAAAAAGGGGUAGAAGACUGACGUGGAGUCCGAUUUCGUACAACGCGAUACUCGAAAGGUAACACCCUCUGGGGAGACCGAAAAGGCGUCGAUGUCAAAUGCCCGCACGUCCGAUACCCGGCGGAGCGAGACUAAGCAAAGUAGAAGCGUCCGUUUGGCUGAUAGCUGUCGGAGGGAGAGUCUGUCGUUAUCUGGCCAGUCCCUCAAAAACUGUAGGACAACUUCAACGUCCCAAAUGCGGGAGUAUUUAGGUCUCGGGUGUCUUUCCAUUCGGAUGCCCCUUAGGAGUCGGCAUAUCAGUGGGUCUUUCCCAAUGGGUAUACCCAGAACCGGUACAUGGGCCGCCGAAAUUGCAGAGCGCACAACGUUGAGGGACCGGUAGGACCGAGCCGCGGAAAAAAGAUAGGAAAGAAAAUUCAGGAUGGCCGUUAUAGGUGCAGUAAAGGGAUAGAGGUUCCCUUCACUGCACCAAGAAGACCAGGAAUUCCAAGCUGAUAGGUAACAUUGUCUGGUUCCUGGUGCCCACGAAUCCCAUAUAAGAUCUCUAGCUAUUUGAGACAAUUCGUUGGUCUGCCAGGCACCCCUGAAAGAGUCCAAGCCACCAAGGUGAGACGGUCUUCCAGGAUGUGAGGGUUCCCUUUCGGAUCUGUGAGGAGCGUUGGAUAAGAUAGUAUGAGGAGGGGAUCCAUGUAGGAUGACGCUAGGAGAUACGGGAACCAGGGUUGGGCCCGCCAUAGAGGAGUGAUGAGGAGCAGAGACCCACGUUGAGUCUUCAAGUACAGAAUCGUCCUCGUUAUCAUGGCAAACGGGGGAAAAGCGUACGCUCCCGUGGACAGCCAUGGUUGGAGAAACGCAUCUACUGCCCUGCUCUCCCGGUCUGGGAGCAAGCUGAAGUAUUUGGCUGUCUGCUUGUUGUUGCAUGACGCGAACAGGUCGAGGUGGGGAGGUCCUCUCCUGACCGAGAGGCGAUGGAAGAUCAGUGGGUCCAGUCUCCAGUCGCUGCUGUCCCGCCAGUGGCGCGAGAACCAGUCUGCUGUCAGGUUGUCUCUCCCGGGAGAUAUUCCGCCAUGAGGGAGAUUUUUCGGGGCAGGCAAAAGUCGAAGAUCUCCUUCAUAUUCUCUGAGAGGAGUCUGGACCGUGCUCCUCCCAAGCAGUUGAUGUAGCGGACUGAUGAGAUGUUGUCUAUCCGGAGGAGAAUGAAGCAGUCCAUCCUGUCCCUCGCUAGGCUGCGGAUCGUGAACGAUCCCGCCAGGAGUUCUUGACAGUUUAUGUGAAGGUCGAUUUCUUGAGAAGUCCAGGCUCCUCCUGUCGAUCUGCCUUUGCCCACGGCGCCCCAGCCCCAGAGGCUGAUUCCAGGCCUUUCCAAGCCUCCAUGCUGUCCAACCACCAUCCGAGUUCUUUCUUGACUUCCUCCGUUACCGGAAUGGUUUGGUCGUAGGAAGGGUUCUGGCGAAGAAAGGAGGCCUUCAGAUGUUGCAUUGCUCUGUAGUGGAGCGGACCUGGAAAAUUGCCUGGAAAGACGCGGACAGCAGGCCCACUAUCCGAGCCAGGUUGCGGAGUGGAAUGGUAUGGCAGCGAAUUACUCUGCGUAGUUCCUUUCUGAUGCCUGUGAUCUUUGAUGUCGGUAGCCGUAGUGUGCUGGACUUGGAGUCUAUCUCGAAGCCCAAGAAUUGUACCAUCUGGGCUGUAGAUAUAUCGCCGACUUCUGGUAAUUCACCACAAAGCCUAGGGAUGUCAGGAAUUGUGUGGUAUAGCGUGUGUGUUGCGUCAGUCUGGACCUGUCAGAGCAAACCAGUAGCAGGUCAUCCAGGUAGAUAAUUCCGAAUUCCUUGUGCUCGUAGAUGUGCAACUACUGGCUUCAGCAGCUUGGUGAAGCACCAUGGGGCCGAGCUGAGGCCGAAGGGGAGGCAUGUGAACUGCCAGGGUCGGCCUUGCCAUCGGAACCUGAGGAAUUGGCAGCAGGAAAGAUGGACGGGUACUGACAAAUAAGCAUCCUUGAGGUCCAGUCUUGUGAACCAGUCCCCGUCUUGGAGGAGGUCUCUCAGAAGGUGAAUGCCUUCCAUCUUGAAAUGCCUGUACAUUACAGAAGCAUUGAGCCUCCUCAGAUUCAUGACAGGACGGAAAUCUCCGGAUUUCUUUUUCACCAAAAAUAUGUUGCUAAAGAAACCCCUUUGGUCGUGAGCAGGCUCGAUUGCUCAUUUCGACCUGAGCUCUCGUAGCUCGCCAUCGAUGAGUUGGUGGUCUUCUGUGGAGCACUGUAUGGGGCGCGGAGGGACGGUCUGGUAUGGGGGGUCUACGAAGUCGAUGAUGUAGACCCGAACCGUCUGGAGGAUCCAUGUGUCUGCAGAGAUGGCUGUCCAGUUCUGAAAAGACAGAGCGAUACAACCUGCAGUAUAUGGGGUAAGUGGUACUUGAGACACAAGAUUGCUUACAUGUGGGGAAGCAUGCUCUGCCACGGCAGCGUGGUCCUCUGCUUCGGUCGGCUGCUCUGGUGUAGGAGAAGGGUUGCCUGAAGCCCACUUCCGGGUAGAAGGGUUGAGGUCUAUGUGAGCGGGGGCCAGAGGGCCAAAACCGGCUGGCUACUUGGCCCCUUUAGCGGCCAGCCUGUCCAAAAACACCCCGACUGGGGUAGCUCCUGAAGACGCGUUUCAUAGAACUCUGAGCCUUAUUGAGGGACGUAAAUAUAUUAACAUGUUUGUUUAGUUCUUUCAGGAAGGCUUCCCCGAAAAGUUUCCCCUGUGCCAGCGGCUCCAACUCCUUGGUGCCCAAUUCCACCAGCUUCCCGUCAAUGCGGAGCAACGCUGCUUUACGCCUCUCAGAGGAGAGGGCUACGUUGGUGUUACCAACAAAACAGAAGCACCUUUGUGCCCAUUCUUUUAUGUCAUGCGUCCACUCCUUUACCAUGCUGGCAUCGAACUGGUCAGCCUUUGUAAAUGCGUUGUCCGCCAAAUACAUGAUGCAGAAAAGUGGGCCAAUGGAGUCUAGCAGUUUGUCCUGAACUCCGUGGAAUCCCUUCUCCACACCUCUCCGGGGGUCACGGCCACCCCGAGACAUGAAGGUGGUCAUGACCUGGUCGAACUCCGGAGUUUGUGCCACGUGGUCGGGAAGCGAAGGGCGAGGGCAUUCAGAGCGUAGGCGGUUGCGCACCGUUUUGUCCAGCGGUUUGUGGAGCCACCGGUGCAUAAAUUUAGAGAGGUGUUCGGGGGGAGUCCAGUCCCCAGAGUGUGGGUGGCGGAUAUUACGAUGGUCGAAGAGACGUUGUCCUGUGGUGUCCAGGAUGGUAUCCCCUUCUUCUUGGGCAGGUGCGAGGUCGUACGACAGUUGGAUGUCGUCCAAGAAAGUGCCUCGUAAGAACCCAGUACGAGAGCCAGUGUCCGAGCCCCAGUCAUCGUCCUGUGAAUCAGAAUCCGUGGCCUGCCACUCGUCCAACACGGCCAUGGAACGUGUGUGUUCUUCCCACUCAUCCGAGGAGUAUAUAUCUAUGUGUAUUUAGGUGGCACAAAAUCCAGCUGAUCUCAGUGUGGUUAAAGUGGCCGAACCACUGAAUAGGGCUAGCAGCCGUUAUAGCAGGUUAGUUUAAGGUGUAGCACGAACCUGAUGACCCCUGCCUAGCUGGAGCCUUUGCAAUCCGUGUGUAUUGCGGUCGGGAGAUCGAGGAUGUCCUAAAAUGGCAGCCGUGAAUCUCGCGAGACGCGAGAUCCAAUAUGGCCGCUGGAGAGACGGGAAAGGGUCUUGAAUGCGGCUGAGAGGCCGCGAGGAGAGCGGAGGGAGGAGGGUGAACGUUACCCUCAGAGCAGUUAAAUAAACCAACGAACUGAUAGGGUGCUUGAUAAAAAACAAAGUGGAAAUAGAAAAUAAUUGAGGAUAUAAUAGCGAAAAUACCAGGAUUAAGUAAAAAGGUCCCUAAAGGGCAGGGGGGGGAGAAGCAGGGGAGAAUCCCCGAGGGAAGAGGAAUAUAACUGAAAAAGGGGGGACAGAAAAAACCCUAAAAGACCGAUGGGGAACACCCCAGCACAUAAAAAAAUCUAUAGAAAAGGCAGUAAAAGAAUACAAAACACCAUAAAUCAAUACAAUUAAAGGGACACUGUAGUCACUAUAAGCAUUUCAUCUCUUUGAAUUGGUUAUAGUGCCUGGAGUACCCUGGCACUGUCCCUUCAUUCAGUGUUGCACCAUGUUCGUGCAGUAUGCCACAAAAUAAGAGUCCCUGGCCACCCACAGUCCGGCCCCUUCAGUAUGUGUAGCUAUGGCAGAGAUUACACACUUCCUUGUUGUCAUACCCACUCAUACCGUCAGUUGGAACUCUGACAGGCUAAAAGCAGUCAGCUGACACUCUCAGCCAAUCACAGCUGCCCAUUUCUGCUCAGGCUAAUACUUCCUUAUUAGCCAAAGCAGCACAGAGGGGAUGGAUUGCCGGGGACUCUUGUUUAGCAUUAAAACAUUAAAACUUUAAAAACUGUUUAAUGCUGAUAGAAAUGAUGGGACCAGAAGACUUCAGACACUAUAACCAGUUUAAUGAGAUGAAGCAGAUACAGUGCCUACUGUGUCCCUUUAAGGGAAGAGCCAAAACUCUGACAUGUCUGCGGAUGGAGCAGUAUUUAAAGAGGGGGAGGAGCCUCAUCGCUGUGAAUACUAUAUCUCCUAUUGCAUUUUGAUUGGUAUGUGGAGUUAAUAAAGUGAGUUUAAUGCAAAAUAGGAAGCCUCCUGUCAUGUGUCUAUAAUUUAGUUAGCCUGCAUAGAAGCAAUCUUUUGUUCAACAUCUGGGUGAAAAUCAUUGUUUAAGGGGUAAUAAUUAGAUCAAAACAUAGUCCAUGUCUGUCCUGGGGUGUGAGCAGUCAGGGCUUAUUUCCUAGAAUAGGGUAAUUGAGGCUACACUUCUUCCUACGUCUCACUCAAUUAUCUGACUAUUCUUAUUGCUGUUACAGAAUGUCAAACAUCUUACUGCUGUCCAGAAAAUACUACAAGACAGCGAGAACAAAAUAGACAGUUUACGCAACUUAAUUCUGGAAGAAACAUCUAUCAUUAAAGGUAAAGGUUCAGUAACCUCAUAUGUAGUUUAAAAGAAGAUUUAUGGGUAACAAUGAAAACUGUUCAAAAAUGGUUUGACUACUUAUAAUGGGAUCCAGGGCACUCCUGGCACCAUAACCACUACUGCAAGAUUUAACUUUCUUACAGCAAGGUAUGAGAGAGCGGUGUGUAUCCCGUAGAUCUCUAUACUCCAAGGAUUUGUGAGGAAAUGUACAGAUUAUUAUUAUUAUUAUUUAUAUAGCGCCAGCAAAUUCUGCAGCGUUUUACAGUGGGUGGACUAACAAACAUGUAAUUGUAACCAGACAAGUUGGACACACAGCUACAGAGGUGUUGAGUGCUCUGCACAAUGAGCUUACAUGCUAGAGGGAGUGGGGUAAAGUGACACAAAAGCUAAGGGAAGUAUAGGGAAGUAAUGACAGUUGCAGGAGAGGAAUCAGUCGGGAGCUACUAACAGUUUAACCGAUAUGAUUUUAUGAAGUGGGCUUUUAAUGAUUUUUUUGAAGGAGUGGAGACUGGGUGUCCGUCUAACGGAGAAGGGAAGGGGGUUCCACAGGAACAGUGUAGCCCUAGAAAAGUCUUGAAGGUGAGCAUCAGAGGUGGGAGUACGGACAGAAGAUAGACGUCCUCUUAGAACUGGGAGCAAAGGGAGUUAUACCAACACGCAAAUACAUUUUAUAUUAUUUACAAAACAUAUAUCUUAGACAUCUGUGCAUGAGCCGGUUAAAGCACUGGGAAUGUUACUGCCUUAGAACUGGGAGACCAAGGUUUGAAUCCUGGUUUAGACCUUGCCAGUAAGUGUCUGUGGGUAGGAUUAAUUACUCAAUGGAUGUACGUUGAGCAGAAACUUCAUCAAACCUAAAUAUCCCCUUUCUAUAAUUGUAAACCACUGCAGAAUAUGUUGGUGCUAUAUAAGGGAUAAUAGUAAUAUCCUGAAAUAAUUUGCAAAACAUUUUACAAGAUAAAUUCUUGUUAGUCAGUCCCUUUAAAAAAUUGCUUUUAUAUCAAAUAGUUCACUGAGAGAUAUUAAAACUUACAUAUUAAGGUGGAGAUCAAAGCCUGACUUAGUGUAAAUCAAACAUGCAUUCUGCUAGGUGCUUUAAGCCAUUUAUAUCAAAUCAAGAUCAAUAACCAGAAUAUAGUCAGAGAAACUAAUAACAGACACCUACCUGCACCUGGAAAAAUACAGAAAUCUAUGCUCACCUGGAAACAGACAGAUGGAAAAGACACUUCCUGAGUCUCAUGCCAACACACCAGUCGGGAUGGUCAUCAAUGCUGACAUGAGAGGGACUUACAAAUAUGUGAAAUUCCAAAUAGUGACCUUUGGGUUGAAGGCUUAUGGGAGCAUAAUGUCUUCUUUAAUGACAUAUCAAAGCUUCUGAAUAUAAAGGGCAUUAAAAUAUAUAGAGAUAUAAUGAACAUUCUAAAAACAAGGCAGCUCUAUGAUUAACAUGGACAAUUCUUAAUUGUUCUCCGAUGAGAGCUGAAUUACUGCAAUAGUCUCCUUCGAGAAAGGCAACUUCAAAUGUGCCCAGCACUGUGAAUUUAUUCGCUAAGAAUUGUGGGACAUCAUAUUCCAAAUGUUGACAGGCAGGUGAUGCAUGCGCAUCAAUUUUAACAGGCAUCCCGCAGGAGGUGCAUGCUUCAUUUCAGCUAUACGGUAUAUAAACAGGAUAUAUUUUUUACAUAUAAGCAUUAUUAGUGUUUGAAAAACUAAUUGAUUCUUCUAUAAAAUGAAAUAUCAUAAAGAUCUAUGAUUGGAGAUUGUGGUUCUUGUUUUAUUCUCUUUAGCAUUGAGGUGAAAAUAAUUGGAGUAUCAUUGAUCACUGUGAAUGAUAUACAAUACUUACAUUAUGUUAUGUCUAAACCUUUACAGAAGAAACAUCGUUACCAGUUCCGGAGACGGACAUUAAUAUUCUUGCCCCUUCGUUAUUGGUGACAGACGUACAGGAGCCAGAGCCGGCUGGGUAUUCACUUUAUAUCUUUCUAAUCCCAGUUCACAGUACUAUACAUGUUGAAUUAUCUAUAAGUCUGACAUAGGUUUGCCUACUGCUGUCUACACAUUUCUUAGCAUGUGUAUCAGUCACAGAUUCAUUUUAUAAUGCUGUCUACAUGUUGCAUACUUGUGACAAGUCGCCAGAUCUCCUCCUCUUUGCAGGACUCUGUGAAUUCUGCAUUCUGCCAGGCAGGGUGUGAAAGUACUUUGGAUGUCACACAGGAAUGCAGAAUUCUAUACGGUGCAAAAACAUAGAAAUCUGCAACCCUAGUUAUAUGUAUUAUUGGGGUCUCCUUUAAAUAAUGCACUGUAUAUAGCAGCAUCAAUGUCUAAAAUAUAAUGAGUAUAUAGAUCUGAUAAUCUGCCAUAAUAUUUUAAUGAUUCAACCAGAUAAACUAUUAUUGUCUUCCUUCUGAUAGCGAUAUUCCAAACUUUGAUAUGAAACCAAUUAACCCACCGGAUGUGGAGUUUGACUCAGAGCCACCUCCUGCUCCAAGUCAAUCAUUUCUACACAGUGAUCAGAGUUGGUUUUCAUUCCAUAUUGAGAUCCCGGACAUACUGGCUCAGGUAAAGAUGUGCUGACUUUAUUUUGGUUGUUUUUAAUCCUUAAACUUAAAUGUACACUCUACGUAGAAUAACCAUUACAGCUUAGUGCAGUAGUUCUAGUGCAGAGAGUCUGUGGCUAAUAACCCACUUUUUUGUCAAACCAUUUGAGAGCAUUUUGACAGUGGACUUUGGCUAGCAUCCAGUGACUGCACCCUUCGCCACAGUGAUAAUGUGGAAUUUACAUUUUUGCGCUAUAAAUGUUAUGUCUGUCCAACCGGGACAGCUGUGGGGUUAGCCUGAAAUUGUCAGCCAAUCAAUGCCAUCCAGGUUGCAUAAAAUUGGUAUUGAUACAAAAAUGUUAAUUGAUCACUAUCAGUAUGGCUGAGGAGGGGGGAGGUAUCUAGAUAUUUGGGAGAAUCUUAUUGGUUUGACAUUAAACCAGUGAUAUCAGCAGGAGACUCUUGGCAAUGUAACUACUACAGUGAGCUAGAAUGGUUGUGGUGCUUACAUAGUUACAUAGUUACAUAGUUACAUAGCUGAAAAGAGACUUGCGUCCAUCAAGUUCAGCCUUCCUCACAUUUGUUUUUUGCUGUUGAUCCAAACGAAGGCAAAAAAAAAACAGUUUGAAUCACUUCCAAUUUUGCAACAAGCUAGGGAAAAAAUUCCUUCUUGACCCCAGAAUGUCAGUCAGAAUUAUUCUUGGAUCAAGCAGUUAUUACCCUACAUUGAAAGAUUAUAUCCUUGAAUAUUCUGUUUUUGCAAGUAUGCAUCUAGUAGCUGUUUGAACAUCUGUAUGGACUCUGAUAAAACCACUUCUUCAGGCAGAGAAUUCCACAUCCUUAUUGUUCUUACAGUAAAAAAACCUUUCCUUUUCCUUAGACGAAAUCUUCUUUCUUCCAGUCUAAACACAUGACCUCGUGUCCUUUGUAAAGUCCGGUUUGUGAAUAAAUUUGCACACAAUGGUUUGUAUUGGCCCCGAAUAUAUUUGUAUAAUGUUAUCAUAACCCCUCUCAGGCAAAGUCAUAUCUUGCUCACAUUGUAUUAUUUUACAGAGCUUUGUGCCAUCUGCAAAAACUCAAACAUGACUUUCAAUGCUUUCUUCAAGAUCAUUUAUAAACAUGUUAAAUAGAAGGGGUCCCAGAACAGACCCCUUACAAUUCCCUUUUAAUCAUUAUUUUUCCCACAUUCACUGCUUCUCUCUUUACUCCCAGUAAACCUAGCUUCCUUUAGCUUUCUCUACAAUUUUAUUGUGUCUGACUUUCUUUUCUAGAAUUCUGGAGAUAUCUAUGAAUGUAGCAUUGAUAACAGAUACAUCAUUACACCAGAUGAAAUGAGUCACCCUAAUUGUUCCAGUCUGGAUAAUAGUCUUCCUGAACAUUCUGAGAACCUAUCACAUGACCACUUACCUGCUAUGUGGACUCAAGACCAGCUUCUUCUCAAAUUGCAGGACAUCCAGCAACACUCUGUGCAAUCUGGGAAAGUAAGUUUAAGGUGGAAUCCCAGUUCUAGUUCGAUAUAACAGAUGUCUUAACAAAUGCAGGACAGUGCAACACAAUCAAUGCCAUCAGAUUGUAUAAAAUUGGUAUUGAUAAAGAAAAUGUUAAUUUCUCAUUAUUUUACAACAAACUAGAAAAAAAAAGUCACUCAUAUCUCCUAGGAUCAGGGAGCUAUUUCCUUAUCCCUAUAUUUAACAUGUGUUUGUGAGAUGUGAACAAUCAAAUUAAAUGUAGAAAUUCACACCUCUUUAUCCUGUAACUGGGCGCCUCCAUCUUAGCGCCCUGUCAAUCAUUGUUAAAAGCUCCGCCCUUUGCAUCUGGCAAUCAGCACAGAGAGAGCACCCAGAGAGGAGGCGAAGUGAAACAAUGUUUCUAUGUCCUCUUCAUUUGCAUUGUGUGCCCUUGCAUGUGCCAGAUAAAAAGGAAACAGAACAUCUCCAGAAAAAAAGGUUAACAUGUAGGUGAUUUCAGUCUUUUAUUCAAUGGCGCCAGCUCAGAGUAAUCACAAUAAAACCCAACAUUUAUUGUGUCUGACUUUCUUUUCUAGGAUUCUGGAGAUAGCUAUGAAUCUAGCAGUGAUAACAGAUUCAUCGUGACACCAGAUGAAAUGAGUCACCCUAAUUGUUCCAGUCUGGAUAAAAGUGUUCCUGAACAUUCUGAGGAACUACCACAUGACCACUUACCUGCUAUGUUGAUCCAGGAUCAGCUUCUUCUCAAAUUGCAGGACAUCCAGCAACGCUCUGUGCAAUCUGUGAAAGUAAGUUUAAGGUGGAAUCCCAGUUCUAGUUCGAUAUAACAGAUGUCUUAACAAAUGCAGGACAGCUCAACACAAUCAAUGCCAUCAGGUUGUAUAAAAUUGGUAUUGAUACAUAAAUGUUACUUCCUCACUAUCAGUAUGACUGAGGAGGGGGGAGGUAUCUAGGUACUUGGAAGAAUCUAAUUGGUUUGACAUUAACCCAGGGAUAUCACCAGUACACUCUAAUAGUAAUCAAUGUAACUACUACAGUGAGCUAUAAUGGUUAUGGUGCUUACAGUUCCCCUUUAAUCAUUAUUUUUCCCACAUUCACUGCUUCUCUCUUUACUCCCAGUAAACCUAGCUUCCUUUAGCUUUCUCUACAAUUUUAUUGUGUCUGACUUUCUUUUCUAGAAUUCUGGAGAUAUCUAUGAAUGUAGCAUUGAUAACAGAUACAUCAUUACACCAGAUGAAAUGAGUUACCCUAAUUGUUCCAGUCUGGAUAAUAGUGUUCCUGAACAUUCUGAGAACCUACCACAUGACCACUUACCUGCUAUGUGGACUCAAGACCAGCUUCUUCUCAAAUUGCAGGACAUCCAGCAACACUCUGUGCAAUCUGGGAAAGUAAGUUUAAGGUGGAAUCCCAGUUCUAGUUCGAUAUAACAGAUGUCUUAACAAAUGCAGGACAGCGCAACACAAUCAAUGCCAUCAGGUUGUAUAAAAUUGGUAUUGAUAAAGAAAAUGUUAAUUUCUCAUUAUUUUACAACAAACUAGAAAAAAAAAGUCACUCAUAUCUCCUAGGAUCAGGGAGCUAUUUCCUUAUCCCUAUAUUUAACAUGUGUUUGUGAGAUGUGAACAAUCAAAUUAAAUGUAGAAAUUCACACCUCUUUAUCCUGUAACUGGGCGCCUCCAUCUUAGCGCCCUGUCAAUCAUUGUUAAAAGCUCCGCCCUUUGCAUCUGGCAGUCAGCACAGAGAGAGCACCCAGAGAGGAGGCGAAAUGAAACAAUGUUUCUAUGUCCUCUUCAUUUGCAUUGUGUGCCCUGGCAUGUGCCAGAUAAAAAGGAAACAGAACAUCUCCUGAAAAAAAGGUUAACAUGUAGGUGAUUUCAGUCUUUUAUUCAAUGGCGCCAGCUCAGAGUAAUCACAAUAAAACCCAACAUUUAUUGUGUCUGACUUUCUUUUCUAGGAUUCUGGAGAUAGCUAUGAAUCUAGCAGUGAUAACAGAUUCAUUGUGACACCAGAUGAAAUGAGCCAGCCUAAUUGUUCCAGUCUGGAUAAUAGUGUUCCUGAACAUUCUGAGGACCUACCACAUGACCACUUACCUGCUAUGUUGAUCCAGGAUCAGCUUCUUCUCAAAUUGCAGGACAUCCAGCAACACUCUGUGCAAUCUGUGAAAGUAAGUUUAAGGUGGAAUCCCAGUUCUAGUUCGAUAUAACAGAUGUCUUAACAAAUGCAGGACAGCUCAACACAAUCAAUGCCAUCAGGUUGUAUAAAAUUGGUAUUGAUACAUAAAUGUUACUUCCUCACUAUCAGUAUGACUGAGGAAGGGGGAGGUAUCCAGGUACUUGGAAGAAUCUCACUGGUUUGCCAUUAAAUCAGGGAGAACAGAAGGACACUCUAAUAGUAAUCAAUGUAACUACUACAGUGAGCUAUAAUGGUUAUGGUGCUUACAGUUCCCCUUUAAUCAUUAUUUUCCCAAAUUCACUACUUCUCUCUCCACUCCCAGCAAACCUAGCUUCCUUUAGUUUUCUCUACAAUUUUAUUGUGUCUGACUUUCUUUUCUAGAAUUCUGGAGAUAUCUAUGACUGUAGCAUUGAUAACAGAUACAUCAUGACACCAGAUGAAAUGAGUCACCCUAAUUGUUCUAGCCUGAAUAAUAGCGUUCCUGAAAAUUUCGAGGACCUACCACAUGGCCACUUACCUGCUAUGUGGAUUCAGGAUCAGCUUCUCAGAAUGCAGGACUUCCAGUAUCGCUCUGUGCAAUCUGUGAAAGUAAGUUUAAGGUGGAAUUCCAGUUCUAGUUCGAUAUAACAGAUGUCUUAACACAUGUAGGACAGCACAACACAAUCAAUGCCAUCAUGUUGUAUAAAAUUGAUAUUGAUACAGAAUUGGUAAUUCCUUGGUAUCAGUAUGACUGAGGAGGGGGAGGAAAUCCAGGUAUUUGGAAGAAUCUAAUUGGUUAAACAUUAAACCAGGGAGAACGGCAGGACACUCUAGUCACUAUAACCACUACAGCGAGCUAGAAUGGGUAUGGUGCUUACAGUUCCCUUUUAAUCAUUAUUUUCGCACUUUAACUGCUUCUCUCUUCACUCUCAGCAAACCUAGCUUCCUUUUCACUACCCCGUGCUUCCUUUCCUUUAUUGAUCAAUAUGUUUCAGACUCAAUCGUACAAACCCCCAACACCGUGUGUGAGCUUUCUAGUGGAGAUUAUGGCUGAUAUCCCUUUAUAAAAGGAGAGCGGGUUAUGGCCUUCACAGUUUGCUCCAUACAUAGUCUCUGCUGCCUUGUCAAAUUAAAAUAAACACACAUUUUAAAAAAAUGAAAAGAAUCAUAUAAAAAUGAUAGAAAGUAUGAAAUGUAUACGUUAAUUUGCAUUUCUUGAUCAAUUUAGUUUGCUGAAUUCCGGGUUUAGUAAAUAAAUCAGAGCGUUUGAUGGUUUAUCAAAGGGUAACAAUCAGUUCCUAGGACGUUUAAUAUUAUAUUUACUUAUCCCUAAAUUCAAUGACUAUCUGUUUGUGAGAUGUGAACGAUAAAAUUAAACGUAGAAAUCCACACCUCUUUAUACUGUAACUGGGCGCCUCCAUCUUAGCUCCCUGUCAGUCAUUGUUAAAACAUAGAAACAUAGAAUGUGACGGCAGAUAAGAACCAUUCGGCCCAUCUAGUCUGCCCAAAAUAAUAAAAUAACAGAGAGAGAAAUAAAAAAAAAGCUCCGCCCUUUGCACCUUCAGCACAGAGCGAUCAUACAGAAAGGAGGAGAAAGGAAACAAUGUUUCUAUAUGUCCUCUUCAUUUGCAUUGUGUACCCUGGCUGUGCCAGAACUAAACAAAGAAAACAGAACAUCUCAUGAGAAACUGUUAACAUGUCUGUGAAUUUCAAUUUUUUAUUCAAUGGCGCACUUUCUAGAGAAGUGACGAUAAAACCCUUUUAUCGUGUAUGACUUUCUUUUCUAGGAUUCUGGAGGUAGCUAUGGAUGUAGCAUUGAUAACAGAUUCAUCAUGACACCAGAUGAAAUAAGUGAACCAAAUUGUUCUAGUCUGGAUAAUAGUGUUUCUGAAAAUUCUGAAGACCUAUCACAUGACUACUUACCUGCUGUGUGUACUCAGGGUCGGCCUACUCUCAGAAUGCAAGACUUCCAGCUUUGCUCUGUGCUGGGGAAAGGGCAAUUUGGGAAAGUAAGCUUAUGGUGGAAUUCGAGUUCUAGUUCGAUAUAAAAGAUGUCUUAAAUUCAGGAUAGCACAACACUUUAUUCUUUAAUUUCAGGUUCUGCUGGCCGAGCACAAGGAAACAACCAACAUGUACGCCCUGAAAUUCAUAAAAAAAGUUAACUUAGAAUCACCACAUCAGUUUAACAAGUCAGUGAAUGCAGUAAUGAAUAUCUUGUGUUUGUGAAGAGGACCAUGUCCUGUUUCUGUGGGGGAUUUUUUUAUUUGAUUUUACAGUCGAAAAAAUAAACUUUUAACUUUUCCUUUCCAGCCUUCUGAGUGAGAAGCGGAUAUUCCAGACAGUGAGCAAUAGGCGGCACCCAUUCCUUAUGAACUUGUUUGGGUGUUUCCACACCCGAGAUCACGCCUGCUUUGUUAUGGAGUAUGCAGCAGGGGGCGACCUUCUUACAUGCCUUGAUAACAACCAUGGCCCAUUUCCAGAACCCAGAGCAGUGUGAGUAUAAGCAGUGUUGUGUCCAUUUUUCGAUAUCUCAUCCAAUGUUCUACAGAUGGUGGCUUGAGCUGGGCUACACCUUCCAUAACGUCUUGUAAGAUUAUGAAUUAAUUCUGGGAUAUCACACUUUGUUUAAAUUCUGUGUUUAUUUAGUUUAGAAUGACUUCAUACAUUGAUUUAUAUCCUAUGAGCUGCUGUAUAUAGCUUUACCAUUAUGUGUCAAUGCUGGAUCAGAGCAGUUACUUCUGACCACAUACACCGCUGUCUGCACCAACUAUGUCUAAUGACUCUGCAAGUAUCGGCAUUGGUGAAUGGAACCCGCUGUAAGUGAUAAACGACCAAUCACCAUUGUAUCAGCUCAUACAUAACACACUAGCAGUGAAAGACAUGAGGAAACCUGUAAAUUAAUGUACUCUGUCAGAAUACAGAGUUAGGAUGUAUGGAAUAAAACCAUUUAAUCGUGCAAACACUGUAUCUUCUAGAAAGCCAUUCAUUUAUUUCUUUUUCCCCAGAUUCUAUUCUGCAUGUGUCGUCCUUGGACUUGAGUAUUUACACGAACAAAACAUCGUCCACAGGUAAGCCUAUAAAAAAACAAAACUACACGUUAUUUAAGUGUUAUUUAUGGCACACAGUCUGUCUAACCCAGUUUAUUUAUCUAGAUUAAGUUAUUAAUUUUAACCAUUUAAAAAGCCUGAACAAUGAGAGCUAUUCUUAGUGCUUCUAGUGUUAUGUAAAAUGAAUAAAACUUCCUUUUCUACAUUUUAAUCUAGAGAUCUGAAGCUUGAAAACAUUGUUCUGGAUGAGAGAGGAUUUGCGAAGAUAACUGACUAUGGUCUCUCUAAAGAAGGUAAAUAGAAUGCUCUAAUAUAAUUUUGGAUACAAAAGGGUCACAUUUACUAAGUUCAAAUCAGUUAUCUUUCAUUUAAACAGCCAUUUAACAUAUAAUAGGAUGUCUAUAAAAGGUGUGCUUAAGUCCAAAACUGACAUAAAGUAACUUUCUAACAUUAAAAAUAAGAGCAUUUAUUUUAAAUUUAAAUUAUUCCUAAGUGAGCCUCCCGUUUCUUUUCCAGCCAUUUUUUAUGAAUGGGCAGUGACUGAUUUCUGAGAGCGUCAGCUGACCGCUCCCAGCCAAUCAGCGGUCCCCCUGCCCAGUUUCACGCUCUAAAACUGUAAUUUCAGAAGCCGGAUGCCGCUGGAGGGGAGUAGUGAUCGGAGAUGGAGGCUCACUUUGAGAUUAAACAGUUCAAGAACGGUUUGAUGACUUGAGAUAGGAGUGCGCCCUGGAGGCCUCCUGGCACCAUAACAACUUCAAUUACGUUUUUAUGGUGCCCGGAGUGUGCCUUUAAAGUCUUUGUGACUUUAAGUGUAGUGUAAGUGUCUAAAAUACUUCUGUUUUUUUUUGUCAAGCUAAAUUUUAAUAUUUUCCUGAUAGCCAGACCCAGCCCCAGUGCUGCCACUGCGAUAAUUGAAAUUUUAACAUUUGCAUUAUUGGUAUAAAUCCAAAUUCGGACGGAAAUGAUAUGAGAAGUUGCAGCAGCAACAAACCUAAAGAAAGUCAUAUCCAAAUGUAAAUUGCUAAAACUGAGCAACUAUCCUCAACUUAUAUACAAUUCUAUUUUCACUAUUUCUGAGGAAUUGGAUACGGAGAUAGAACAAACAGCAUUUGUGGAACUCCUAACUAUCUGGCUCCUGAAAUGGCCAAGCGCAAGACAUAUACAAGAUCUGUGGACUGGUGGAGCUUCGGAGUGGUUAUUUAUGUAAUGUUAACUGGAAACGUAAGAACAAUCUUUCAUUAAGAAUUUACAGACAGAUUUCUGUUUAGAAAAUAUAAAGAGAUUCUGCCAAGUAUUUGCUUUUAACAUGACAGGCGCAUAGUCGACAUAUGGGCAGGUGGAAUUCCCUUCCAAAACUUACCCCAAAAACGCACUGACACUGAUGUAUGGGUCAAUAUGUCCACAGCUUUAUUAAUAUGGAUAACAAUAAAGUUAAAGUCAUUGCCCAGCCCCCAUCCCGCCAUAUAACAUCAUAUGUCCCCAAAUAAAAGGCAAUGACCCAUUCUUUCUGUAAAUAUAAAUAACAUCAACAACAUUAAUAACCAACAUGAUAAACAUAAGUGCCAGACUUUGUUAAAUAAACAGUUAUUUUAGUGCUGAACAAUUUUGUUAGUUUUAUUUAAAACAUCCAAUCUAGGCAAAAAAUAUAGGGGGUUUAGUUACAGUAUAUGAUCAUACAUUGCAUAAGCCUAAAACAACGCCAAUGUACCCCCAGACUUUGUUAAAUAACCACGGUAGGGGAAUACCCGGAUACCCCUACCAAACCCCAGGUUCUGAGCCACCACCGAGCUCGAAACCUACCAAGGUUCAUAACGAACCAUUUAACCAAACUCUUCACCAACAGCCUAACUGCUCUAUUCUAUUUACACUACCCCAGAGCUAGUUUGUCCUCUAACUUUUCUCUCUCUAGCCCCGCCGCUGUGACCAAAAGGGGGCUAACACCCCUUACAGUUACAAAUGGGAGGUUGGAGGUACAACUUAGGCUAGGUAAGCCGAUUAAAAGUGCUUGUCACUAAUAUGGCGUCCUAUUUAUACUGGGCCAACCCCCUUUUACACUCUCACUCCACUCCCACAUGGGGCCUUCCCCCCCAUGCCCGCCUCCUAGCUCUGUCAAGUCCCUAUUCCAUUAUUUUUGUUGGCCUCCCCUCUUCCAAUAAUUCCUCUCUCUCCAACAUUCACACCCACAUUUGUAUACAAACUAACAUAUCUCACCCCAAAACAGACACCGCCAAUUAAUUAACUCCUCCCUUCCAAACACAGACCCCACAUUCCCUGACCGUUAUUCUUGCACUCGUUUACCUGUCAUUUUUAUAUUCCAACAGUUCUUUACAAUGAACCCAUCCUUAUCCACAUCACAUCUUGCAUUCUCCUGCAAAUUAACCCCUUCCCAUAAUAGAUCCCCAGACAGCUACAUUCCUAAUUGGUAUCAAUAUCCUGUAAUUAACCUCUGACCCUUGGUUCCCCAAAAAACGUUGACUGCCAAAUCACUCUGUGAUUAGGUUCCAACCUUCCCAGACAGUGAAAUAAAUCUCUUACCAAUGAAUUAUCUCCAUUUUCUGCUCUGCCCCUGGUCCAGUUACUUAGUGCUCCGGUGGCUGACAUUGUGUGUGUACAUCGUGUGUAACCCUCUGUAUACCACUUCUUUGUGAAUACCUAUACGGUCAGAGGAUGUUUAGUAGUUCUGACUCUAGUAAACAUCCCACCUACUAACUUGUUUAAAUGUUUCGGAUUUAACUUUUUUGUCUCCUGACAAAAAGAAAAAAGCCAUUGUAACCCAAUGUUACUGUACAAAAUAAAACAAAUAAUACUAGAUUACAAUUUAAAAAGUAAAUAAAUAAAAACACCAGGAGAAAAUUAAUUAUACUAUAGACCAUGGGUGCCAAAAAGGUAGAUCUUCCAUGAUGCUUUUUCAUUGUAAAGGUAUGCAAAGCAUGAUGGGAGUUGUUGUUAGAGAGCAUCUGGGGAUCUUCCUUUUAGGCACCCCCUGAUACAGACCUUCCAGUCCUUUGUCUCAGAGCUCAAAAAUCGAUAUUCCCUGCGGUCUUGAAAAUUGCUCAGCGUAUUGAAAAUUCCAGCCAAUCACAGUGCAUCUCCGGACGCGUAUCACUCCCCUGCGGUACGCCUGAUGAUGUAUUUCACGACAGCGUUCAGUUAUCGUUCACAUAUUAUUUACACUUGCACACACAUGGUUGGUGAGUUGUGAUAUACACAUUGUGUCAUCUGUACUACGAAGAUUAUAAAACCCUAACUAUUAAUUUAUUGCUCAGCGGUUGUGGUUUUUUUAAAUGUAUUUUUUCUCUAGUUACCCUUCGAAGGCCGUGAUGUUGAGACGCUUUAUGCUAAAAUUGCCAAAUGUAAACUAAAGAUUCCAGAGUCGUUGUCUAGUGAAGCCACUUCAAUACUGAGUAAGGUAAGAUGUCACGCAAAUUUAAUAUAUCAUACAAACCAAGCUGAAAACGUCCAUUAUGCUGGUAAUGAAACAUUCAUUAUUACAGAGUAUUAAAACAAAACACGGAAUAUCUGCUCACUUAUUCUAUGACUCCAUAAAUGAUGCAAUAUUACAUCUGACACUCAUUCUCUAUGGUUAUGUGACUUACAGCGCCCACUAGUGGCUUGUAUAAAAACAUAGUAGCAGUUACAAACCAUGUACAAACACCACCACGAUUUAUCCUGGCAUAAAACAUUGCAUUGCCAUCAUUCCCUUCAAACAGUGAGAUUAAUACCCACUAUAUGUUUAUUUAUAAUUAAUAGCGAUAAUACCCAUUUUUACUUUACCUUUGUUCUGUCCCUUUGAGUAUAACGCUGAAGACUUAAAUACGAAAAGACAAAAAUAAUGCAUUUCACAUGAACAGUACUGAGUAUUGAACAUCUCAAAAUACACUCAGGGCUGGUGCAAGGGUUCUUGGCUACACAGGCACAAAUCCAUUUAGCACCCCCCUCCUCCCCCCUUCCCCCCCCUUCCUUCACACUGUUCUCCCCCUGCUUGUGCAGUUCUCACACAGAUAUCUUGUAUCCAGGAUGGAGCCGCACACCCACAGGACCUCCAACAGGGCGCCACUUACUGUUAAUGCUCCUGAUGUUUAGCAUUAAAAUUAACAAAACCUAUUUUACAAAAUUCCUUUUACAGUUACUGACUAAAAAACAUGAGAAACGUCUAGGAUCCAGUGAGAAAGACGCAGAGGAAGUGAAGGACCAUCCUUAUUUUCAAGUACGUACAUAUGUUUUUUUGUUUUGUGUUUUUUACUGUGGUUUUGUCACUAAAUAUUUGUGUGAUUUUAGGAAAAAUAAAAUCUUUGUAAUAUACUGAAAUUCUGACACAGCCAAAAGAGAACAUAAGAAAACUAGAGAAUCCUAUUGGGAUCUAAAAAAAAAAUGUGGCUUUUUGGGCACGUUAGCUGUUAUCUUGUAUUUGAUACAGUCUUGGUUUGUACAUGAUGCUCAUUAUUUUACACAUUCCUUUCCAGCAUAUAGAUUGGAACGCAUUUUUAUUACAAAAUGUGACACCUCCAUUUGUGCCAACCAUCAACGGAGCCGAAGAUGUCAGCAACUUUGAUGCGAUAUUCACCUCGGAAGCGCCUAUUAUAACUCCGCCAGCAAGACGAAGAGUUCCACCGUUAAUGGAGAAAAAGACAUUUGAGGAUUUUUGUUGGAGGGCAGAUUGGAGUUAA